UAAAGACCCUUUCAUUAUUAUAUUAUCGAUUAAUGACUGAAAUUCGAUAUGAAUUGGCUGUUGCUGCAAUUAAUAGAGCAAUGACAUUAAUUGAUAAUAAUAUUCAUGAUAAUCUUGAUAAAAAAAGUGAAUUUUUACAACAAACUAUUCUUGCUGAUGAAUCUCUCACAGAAGAUGAAAAAUUAGUAUCAAUAGAUUUUAUUAUUAAAAAUUUUGAUAAACAUAAAAUCCAAAAUAACAAAGGAACGAAAAGAAUUUGUGAAGAUUGUCAAAAUGAAUGUUUAGCUACUUCAUAUUGUGAAUGUUGUAUUCGAAAUUAUUUAAAAUCGAAUUUUUCAAACUGGACAUCAGGAAAUGAUGAUAUUGAUAAUUUAAUACAAAAUUGUCAAUUGGAAACGCUUAAACCAAGUAGAAUAUUAGAAUGGAUUCCAUAUAAUAAAUUCCAAAAUGUCAAUUAUUUAACUAAAGGUGGAUGCUCCGAAAUUUUUAUAGCGGAUUGGAUUGAGGGGCGUUAUAACGAAUGGGAUUUGAAAGAAAAGCAAUUAAAAAGAGUCGGUAAACGUCAAGUAAUACUUAAAGGAUUAGAAAAUAUUGAAAAAGCUAAUAGAAAUUGGUUUGAUGAGGCCAAAUCUCAUAUAACAAUAAGUAAUAAAUGGGAUAAUGUAGUAGGAUGUUUUGGUAUAACACAAAAUCCAUCAAAUGAUAAUUAUAUGCUUGUAGUACAACUAAUGGAUACCGAUUUAGAAAAAUAUUUACAACAAAACAAUCAAGAACUUACAUGGAAAAAAAGAAUUCAAAUUGUUCAACAUAUAAUUUAUGCACUUUCCAGAAUUCAUGGAGAAAACGCAAUUCAUAGAGAUUUACAUUCUGGAAAUAUAUUAUUUUUGCAUCUUAAUCAAAGUUUUUAUAUUAGUGAUCUUGGAUUUUGUGGACCAGCUAAUGUACCAAUAAAUGGUACAUAUGGAAAACUACCAUAUAUAGCACCAGAAGCUAUUGUGGGAAAUAAAACUACUUUUGAAUCUGACAUUUACAGCAUUGGCAUACUUAUGUGGGAAAUCUCAUCUGGUCAGUCACCUUUUGCUAAUAUCAGUCAUGAUAUUAAUCUUGCAAUGAAUAUAGUAAAUGGAAUGAGGCCAAAAAUAAUUCCAGGAACCCCCUUAGAAUACAAAAUAUUAAUGGAACAAUGUUGGGAUGCUGAUCCAGCAAAAAGGCCUGAUAUUAAUAGUCUUUACGAUAAAAUAAGCGAAAUAAAAAAUUCGUAUAACCAAGAACAUCAUGAAACAUUUUCACACGCAAAUGUUACAAAUUUUAGUUAUACUAAAUCUAUCAGCAAAGUACAUAUGUAUGAUAAUUUACCUGAACCAAGAAAUGCUACUGAAGGUAAUGUAAGCAGUUAAGCGAUGAUUAACCCAACACUUUAUCAAAAAUUUGACUCCUGAAAAAUCGUUUUAUUUAUAAUCAAUUACGAUUAUAUUUUUAGAUAAGUGAUAAUUAAUCACAAAUAUUUAGUUUGUAAUUCCCUACAGUAUAAAAAAUUUAUUCUGUGUUUUUUAUUCCAUGUUAUUUCUGUAAAUAUAUCAUAUUUCACGGAGUUUUUACGGAAACUACGG